AUGUUGCAGAGGCGUGUUAACCAGGACAGCACCACAACAUCCAGAGCCUUUAGGAACUCCAGGCGAAUCUCAUCCACCCCCGGGACCUUGCCACUCGGUGACCUCAACCCCAGAGAUGGGAAAGUCCGCCUCAGAGAACCCAGACUCUGCUCCCUCAUGGGAAGGCGUGUCGGUGGAAUUGAGGAGGUCUUCGGAGUAUUCUCCCCGCCGGCUCACAACGUCCCGAGUCGAGGUCAGCUGUGCCCCAUCCCCACUAUACACAGUGUUGAUGGUGCACUGCUUCCCCCUCCUGAGACGCCGGAUGGUGGACCAGAAUUUCCUCGAAGCCGUCCGGAAGUCUUUCUCCAUGGCCUCACCGAACUCCUCUCACGCCCGUGGUUUUGCUUCAGCGACCACCAAAGCUGCAUUCCGCUUGGCCAGCCGGUACCCAUCAGUUGCCUCAGCUCGCACUGCACCCGACCCCUAUGGCCCCUCCCACAGGUGGUGAGCCCAGGAGAAGGGGGACCCACGUUACCGUUUCGGGCUGCGCCCAUGGGUCCAGGCCCCGCCACCAGGUGCUCGCCUUCGAGCCCCACCUCCAGGCCUGGCUCCAGAGGGGUGCCCUGGUGACCCGCAUCCGGGCAAGGGAAACCUAGAUCCAUUAAUAGUUUUCGUCAUAGGAGUCUUUUAGCCGUGCUUUGUCUGGUGCCUCACCUGUUGGCCAUGGGUGACCCUACAACUUAGCUCCUAGGAUCAUUGGGACACACAAACCCCUCCACCACGAUAAGGUGACGGCUUCCAGGAGGGGUAGAAGCAAAAUCAUGCAUUGUAAAAAUGCAUUAUACAUGGGUAGAAGGCUUUUCUACAAUUUUGAUGUCAACUUUGGGGGUGCGUAUUAUACACGAGAAAUUACGGUAAUUGGUUUUCAAGAAAGAGAGUACUUUAAAUCUCAAGUCACCACAAAUUUGCAAAAAGGGCAAAUGAUUUCUUGUCACUUUCAAAUUUGGUCAGUUUCAUUUUUUUUUCACAAAUCAAUACUCUUGGUCAGUCCCCACGUGGGUCUUUUAUUUACUACAAAUUAACGUCCAAUCUAAAGUGUUGAAAAUGGCUUGCUUUCUUUGACCACGCAAUUUUAUCUGCUCAACGAACAUGUUCUUCAUCUUCAAACAGUUGCAUACUGUCAAUUAAAACCUUUAUUUAACCAGAAAAUAAAAACCCAUUGACACCAAGGCCUCUUUUUCAAGGGUGCUUUGGCCAAAAAGGCAGAGAGCACAUAUGAGAGAGAAGUGCAGUUUUAGCAAAAAUAAAUAAAUAGUUAAAUGGAUUGUCUAAUGAGAAAGGUAUUCAGUAAUAGAAUAUGAAUAAAGAUAAUUGUUUUUUGUUUUGUUUUUUUUAAAUAUAUAGUUUGGGGUCACCCAGUCAUACUCACACCAUUUUUUAAACACUAUUCGUUACUCAUCUGCUGACUCUAUGUUAGCGCUACGGUGUUUGCAAGAAAUCUCUGAAACCCGAAUAAAAUCAGAGCUCCCGGCGAACUUGCAAUGGCCCUCAGUCCCCUCAAACAUUUCCUCUCCUACCGUUGUGUCUGCC